AUGGCUACUGAUAAAGUUCAUUUACGCCACUAUAUUUUAUACGAAUUUCAACAAGGAAGAAAUGCUACAGAAGCAUGUAGAAAUUUAUUGAAAGUGUUUGGUGAAGGUACAGUUUCUGAUAGGACAUGCAGAAGAUGGUUCGAAAAAUUCGGAACAGGUGAUUUCGACUUUUCUGAUAAGCCACGUUCUGGGCGACCAUCUUUGAUCGAUGACGAUGUUGUUAAGACUAUGUUGGAGCAAGAUCCUUUUCUGACAACAUCGGAGAUCGCAGUAAGGCUUAAUUCAACUCAACAAACCAUUUCGGACUAUAUUCGGAAGAUAGGAUUAAAAAAUUUGUAUUUUGUUUUAUUCCAAAAACGGACAGAAUUUUCCGGUAGACCGGUAUUUUCCUAA